AUGGAGGUGCCCAAGGAUAAACAAGACUUUGCGCGUUGGGUGGCAUGCUGCGUCGACGCAAAGCACUUUUACGCGUUUUUCUACGAGCCCAGUGCACGCGACAUGGUCAUUAUCGAAAUAGCUCGCGAGUGUCCCCAGCUCGAUCGCUUAAUCGGUGAGCAUCGCUGUAGGGAGUUCUUCAAGAAUUCAUCCAAACAAGAACAGGAUCAAGUCACCAAGGUUUUUUUAUUGCACUUAUAG